GUUUCCGGAUACAGCCGAUUUACAAGGCCUCGGUGCUGGGAGAGAGCUUUCCCGGUGAGGUUAUUUCAAUUGUAGCUGCCGAGAUAACCUCUGAACCUCACCUGGAGAGUCUCCCUGAUAUCUCAGUUGUUGACCUUAUCAGAUUCAUAAGCUACAUGUGGUUGGACCUUAAACAGGCUUGCUGAAGAGAAGUCUGUGUUGCUGUAGUUCGCACAGCAUGCAGUGUGACACCCCGGCUUAGCUCUGUGGAAUGCAUGUGGAAGCCCAUCUUUUAUAUCAAAUCUCACACUGACGAUCUAAACAAUAGAAGACUUGGUACCCCAACCUAGAAGGGAUCUUCUCUUCAGCAACCACUCACCACACACCCGGGGACACCAAUUUGGCAGCAGAGCAGGACCAGGCACCAUGAACAACCACGGCGUGGUAGCCGCACUGCUGCAGGACUGCAAGCGUGCCCUGGACACCCUGCUGUCGGCCAAGGCUGAUGCCCACAAGGAAGAGGAGCAGCAAUACCAACAGUGCCAAGCAUUGCUUCCCGAUGACUUGAGGACCCUUCUGGAGGAGGCGAAGGAAAUGAAGUGGCCCUUUGUGCCGGAGAAGUGGCAGUAUAAACGAGACGUGGGCCCAGAGGACAAAACAAACCUGCAGGAUAUGAUCAGCGCCAGGCUCCCCGAUCUGCUGGUUUAUUUGAAGGCCUCCAUCAUGGCCAAGGACUGUGUGACGGCGGCUGCUGUUGUGUUCCUGAUCGACCGGUUCCUGUACUGGAUUGAUGCCUCAAGCAAGCUCCUGAAGAUCGCCAAGGGCCUGCACAAGCUGCAGCCCGCCACGCCUAUCGGUCCUCAGGUGGUCAUCCGCCAGGCUCGCCUUGCCGUCAAUGCAGGUAAACUCUUAAAAGCUGAAUAUAUCCUAAGCAGCCUUAUUAAUGACAAUGGAGCAACAGGUACUUGGCAAUAUGCUAAUGAAAGUGAUAGGAUCCUUGUUCAGUCGGUCUGCUUACAAAUCAGAGGACAGAUUCUGCAAAAGCUUGGGAUGUGGUAUGAGGCAGCAGAGUUGAUUUGGGCUUCAGUUGUAGGAUAUUUCAAACUUCCUCUACCAGAUAAAAAGGGAAUUGCUACCUCCUUGGGUAUUAUAGCUGAUAUCUUUUCUUCCAUGAGUGAGAAGGAUUAUAUACGUUUUAAAACCAAUGCUGAGAUUGACCUGAGCCUUCUCCGGGAGUUCAGCCAUCGCUUACUAUCAGCUGCUGAAGCCUGCAAACUGGCAGCAGCCUACAGCCAGUAUACCCCACUGUUUGUGCUCACAGCAGUGAACAUCCGUGGGGUAUGUUUGCUGUCCUAUAGUCACUCCAAGGACUGUCCGCCCGAAAGGAGAAAGUUCUACUUGUCCGAAGCCAAAGAAACCUUCGAGAUCGGCCUCCUCACCAAGAACGAAAACAGUCCUGUCACCAGCAAGCAGGAGCUCCAUAGCUUUAUUAAAGCUGCUUUCUGCCUCACAACUGUGCAUCGAUGGCUCUAUGGGAACAGUGAGAAGCUCCAUGAGGUGGGUCAGCUCUGUAGGGAAGCCAUGGGAAAACUGCACGCGUACAGCACUUCGCUUGCAGAAGAGGAAGAGAAAGGAGUGCUUGCCAAGGAGAUCAUGUCUCUGAUCACGUCCGUUAAGAAGCACUUGCAAGUGGAAAACUUUCCUAAUUCUGAUGCCAGGUCUUACAUUCCAGACAGUUACAAAAGCGCAGUGCAAAAACCUAUCCUGCAAGGGGAGGCCAACUUUGAGAAGAUCCUUGCCAAGCAUUCUCAGCAUCAUCUGUCAGUGUGUGAAGUGUUUAAAAACACUUGCAGGAUUCAUAAAACCACACCAGGAGAAAUGCACACGGGAGCUUGUGUCACAACCUUAAAAACAGACCAAAACAUAGACACUGUGUGCACCACUGAAGAAGCAGCGUACCAGAGGAACGGUGCUGGCAAAAUGGCCAAUACACAAAAAGCAGAAAGUAGCUCAGAGAGACUCAGUGGCCAAACAAGAAACAAACACAUCGCUUCUGAUGUGAUCAAUAUUUCCUUUGAAGAAGAGACUGAACCAUUUGAAAUAGUAAUAAAUGAUGGAAACAGUGCUUUUGGCAGAUGGCAAAACAGGAGUCAAACCACCACUUCAGAGAACUCAUGGUGCAAGCUGUUGCUGUCAAGUUACUCCUCCAGCUGGGAGGAACUGAGCUGUAAUAGCAGCCAGGAGCCUCCCAGGGAAGGGCAGCAGCAGCAGCAGAAGGGCUCAGCAGAGGAGCAGUGUUGCACAACAGAAUCUGUCGAAUACGACCAAGUAGCUCACCUGCACUCACUGCCUCCAAGAGCCCAUCAGCCUUCUCCUCGAGAGCUCCCGCGUGGCUCAGUGGGGUCUCCUCACGCUCCCCCGGCCAGAAAGCCCAGGCAGGGUGGCUGCAGUACCACGGACAGCAGGCUCAUACCAAGGCAGGCACCCAAAUCCCACUUGGCCUGGGUGCAGCCGGCGGGAGGAACCAGGGGCAGAAGUGAGGGUCCCUCGUCUGACCACAGCCCCGCCACAAAUGGGGUGGUUGAUGCAGAGUCUACAGGCACUGAGCCAGAAAUGGCCAGCGAGGCCCCUGUGGGUAACUGGUUGGGGAAAUCUCCAGCCGUGGCCGGGAACAGGUCUCACAAAAUGGUUGAUGUUGACCCCCAGGCAGAAACGAUAGAUGACACUGAAUUUGAUUUCAUCAGUAUUGGAGACUUGGUAAACAAUUAUCCCACAGCGACUGGUCCAGAGCAUCAGCCAGCUCCGGGUGCGCCAACAGCUUUACCCUCAGGGGGAAAGAUGUCCAAAGUCAACUACUUUGACUGUGCUACUACUGAAGAAGAAGAAGAAAAGCCUCAGGACAGGGUGAGCAGCCAGAGGCCAUCCAGUUCAUCUCUAAGUCCAUGGCACAACUCAACUCAGAAGCCCAAGUGUUCCCCUGAAGGUCCAUUUCUGAAUCCAAGGGGAAAUGGUCUUGCCUUUACACCUGGGAGAACAAAGGAAGAAAUCCUUGAUGCUCGAAUUCUGAGGGAUGAUGACUAUGUGCAGCUUCUGGCAGGAGUAGAGCAUAACUGGCUUGUCCAGAGACUGAGGCCUACUGGAAUUUUUAAGCCUAAACAGCUUCAUAAAGCAUAUUCAGCUCUUCUUUUGAAAUACUCAAAGAAAUCAGGCCUCUGGACAGGCCAGGAAACCGCUGUAUUCAUUGGGGACUACCUGAACGUGGCAAAGGAAGGCAAACAGAGAAAUGCAUUUUGGAUACACUUCCUGCACCAAGAAGAAAGCCUUGGAAGGUAUGUUGGGAAAGAAUAUAAAGAAGAAAAGGGUCUUCUUCAUCAUUUCAGUGAUGUGGAACGACAAAUGACUGCUCAGUACUACGUGACAGAAUUCAACAAAAGGCUCUAUGAGCAAAAGGUCCCUACCCAAAUCUUUUAUAUCCCAUCUGCAGUACUUCUGAUACUGGAAAACAGAAAAAUAAAAGGAUGUGUGAGCGUGGAGCCCUACAUCCUGGGGGAGUUUGUGAAGCUGUCCAAUAACACAAAGGUGGUAAAGAACGAGUACAAAGCCACAGAGUAUGGUCUGGCCUAUGGCCAUUUCUGCUACGAGUACUCCAAUGGAACAGACGUUGUUGUUGACCUGCAAGGCUGGGUGACAGGGAAUGGGAAAGGCCUCAUCUACCUCACAGACCCACAGAUUCAUUCUGUUAAUAGCAAAGAUGUUUCACGCUCUAACUUUGGGAAGAGAGGAAUUUAUUACUUCUUCAAUAACCAACACGUGGAGUGCAAUGAAAUCUGUCGUUGCCUUUCUUUAACGAGACCCUCAGUAGAGCCACCAAUGUAGACUCACACAAGAGACCCAAGCAGAAGAUGACCCAUAAGAUGGGCAGUAUUUUAUCCUACACACUUCUAGGAGCAUGUUGUCUUCGAGAGAACAGAGGCCCUCAGAUGACACUCACGUGAGUCUGGUCAGCCAUUACCUGCACCAUUUUGGGAAAGUUCUGGUCUGUGCACCCCAGCUGGUAUUACCAUGUUACCAUCUUGUGUACCAUCUGAAAUGCUUGUUCUUAUAGCCAUCUGUCAGACUUAGCAGAAGACCACAAGAGGAAGAAGAAAGCAGCCUCCAAAAUUCAGCUAGAGGUGUGUUACAAGACUGUAUAAACAUCCAGUGCAUCGGCAGACCCAGUGAGGGCAACAGGCACCAUCUG